AUGAAACCUUCGACUGAAAGUGUGAGCGACUUUUCCUCUGAGUUUGAAAAGAUUUAUACUACAAAAGACUUGGCAAUUGAAUUGGUCACUCGACGUUGUUCAAAUCUUUUCAAUGCUUAUGUCAAAGAAAUCGAGACAAGUAGUGAUAGACAUGUGGCUGAGCUCAUGUUUGCAUUUGAAGGUUCUUAUGAAGAGAUCACUAGUAUGGAACUGAAUGUUCUUGAAAAAUACAAAGGUGAACGAAUCCGCAGACGUAAUUCUGAGCAUCUAACUGAAUUGACCAAAACUCCCGUUUCUGGUGUACGGAUUUGGAACUGUGAUGGUCAUGUAAUUUACGUGCCGGAAUGUUUCAAAAUUGUGAUUGAUGAUGCAAAAAUCAAAAAGAAGAAAAACAACGAAAAGACAGGUCAACCGGGAAAACAAGAUGAAUCAAUGUCAGGGUCUACUAAAUCCAAAAUUUUUCACGAUUCACAAUUGCAAACUAUUUAUGAAAAGCAAGUUGAAGAACAUGAAGAACAUACCAGUUGUUUCGUUGAAAUAAUGGAAGAAAAAGAGCAAGAAUUCCAAAGCAAGUGUGAUGAGUUUGUAGAACAAUUAUCUGGUUAUCUCGAGAACCUGUGUAAUAAACUAGAUUUCAAUGGUUCCAACAAAGUUGUUGAAAAAGCUGUUAUACAGAGUACGGAGAAUGAUCCAAUUGUCGACAAGCGUUAUGUCAACUACAAUCAAGUUGUUUCACCUGAUACUUCAACAAUUAGCAAUCAAAAUGCUGAGCUGCAAUUCGUAAAGCUAUGUAAUCCGCAAUUCUUGAUAAAACAAAAAUCAGGAAAUAAUACCAGCGCAGAUCACUAUUUCUCUUCCGAGCUGGAGCAAAUAGAAGAGACUGGCGUUUCAAUCGAAGGGUCUGUGGACGACGGUUUCUAA